AUGAGUUCGAGUUGGUUCGAUUUGGACGAUAGUAUCGCGUCAGAAUUUUUCGAUAAAACCCAAAUGGAAUUUGCAUCAGGUGAGAAAAAUACAGGUACGAAAAAAAUACACAAAACGAUGGAAAAAUGGAGCGCAACGACGGAUGUUAAUGAAAUAAUAGAUUUGGCAAUGGGAAAAACGGAUAGAAGAGAUGAAAAAAAUAAAUUAUUAGAUAGUCUAUUGAAAGAUAGAUUGACGGGAAGGAAUUUUACCGGAAGAACAUCAUCAACAUCAACAUCGACAACGCGAUUUUCCGAGGAACCUCAUUUCAGAAUGAAAAAUUUAUACGUCGAUGAUUUUUUCUCUGAUGUAAAUGAAAAAGUGAGUAAAUUUAAAAAUAAAUACGUGGAUGAUGACGUGAGAUACGACGUGGAAAGUCAAAAAAGUAGUAAAUACGGUAGGGAAAAAAACGAUUCGAAAUACGAGUGCAAAGAAGGUAGACACCCGGAAAAAUCAGCAAGUGGAGGUUCUGCCAACAGUUACGCCUUCACCGAAGUCACCAACGAUGGAAGAUCUAGAAAAGAUUCGAUGGAUAGUACCUGGAGUAGAAAAUCAAAUCAAGGACAAGUUAAUUUUCCAUCGAGUGCAUCGAACGUGUCGGAAGAUUGCGAUACGUAUUCGGCACAAACGAUAGGUAGAUCUAUAUCCAGAGAUUCCGACGAUUCCGUUUGUACGGAAAAAUCCGUUAACAAUUCAACGAUAUCGGAAAAAUUACCUGACGGUACGGAUAAAACAAAAAUCGAAAGUAACGAAUCGUGGUUGAAGAAAUCGACGAGCGGAUCGAAAAUAUCGGAGAAAAAAUUCAACGACAUGACGCUAACGGAAAAAAAUGACGAUGGCAUAUGCGAGAAAUCAACGACGAGAAUGUCGUAUUUGGAAAAAUCCGCAACGGGUUCGUCUUUGAAAGAGGAAAUAACAUCGGAAAAACUCACGUCGUCGAGUAGUAAGGGAAGAACGAAAACUUUGGAACAAAAAACGUCAUCGGAAAAAUAUAAAAAAUCACAGAGAACAAUGCCGCCGACAUCAUCGUCAAGUUAUAAUUACGAAGAUUUAAAUUCUUCUUCUACCACGUACGAAAGAUUUACACCUUCUUCGUCUUUUUUUUCAUCUUCUAAUUCUUCGUCUUCCACCACCGAAGAUCGUUCGAAAACAUCGAGUUUUCGACUCAAAGAACAACUUUUUACUCCGUCUCGAACUAUGAAAGCCUCGGAAAAAAUUUCUAAACUUAUUGAUGAAGCCGUUUACCAAGAUGACCUCUUCAAGAUACCAUCUUCCCUACAAACAAACAUCGAUAAAGUCACAGAUGAUUUUUUCAACAAUUCGAAAACAUUUUCCAGAGAUCGUGCAAGAAUCAACAGGAGAAGAUUAACGGACAUAUUAACCGGAGUUGAAAAAGAAGAAUCGUACGUCUCUUCGACGAGAAUGAAUGAAUUAAAAUUAGAAAAUGAUUAUUUACAACAAGAAAAUACAAAACUUCAAUCUAUAAUACAAGACGUAACGGGAGUGAAUAAACGAUGGCAGAUAUACAAUAAUGAAAGACAUCUUUACGUUCAAAAGUUGCUAGCAACAAUACAAGAUUUGCAAGAGCAAAUAAAUUUAAUAAGUGAAAAAUCGGCUUUUCAGAGCAAAACCAAAGAAGAAAUGAGCAGUCAACUCGACGAACUCGAAAGGGUGAAGAAAGAACACGAGGAACGUGCGAACGUUCUCCAACUUCAAAUCAAAUCGCACAAAGACGAACGGGACGCGGAAAGAAAGGAAAAAAGAAAAGUUUUGCAAGAAAAAGAAGAUUUGGAAAAUCGCGUUAUGGAACUCACGAGAGACGUCAAACUAUUGAAGGAAGUUCUUCAGGAGGAAAGACAACAUCGUAAAAAUAAAAUCUGCAACGUUUGCAAAAAUAAUUUCGACAUUUUUCAAAAUUCUGAUUUCUGUACGUCUUCUACCUCUUCGCCUCCAUUCUCGAAAAUUCAAAAUUAUACGAUGACAAAUUCAAAAUUUUCCAAAACGGGACACGUACCUUACGCAACGACCAACGAACAAUGCUUUUAUACCAAAGAAGGAAUAUCAGGAUCGGAUUGUAAUUCCUACUUUGUACCCGCAAGACAAAAUUUCGGUGAUGCGUUUUCCAACGAUAGAUUUUCAAGGGUAACGAAAAAUAAAUCAUCUUUGUCGAGUGAUACGGUGGUCGUGGUAGAAGACGAAAGUGGUUUGAGAUUAGCCAUAACGGAACAAUUUCCCUCAUCGAAAGAAAACACGUUAAAAUCAAUUCUUAAAAAAAAUGAAAAAAAAAAUAAAACGUCCAAAUCAUUUGUUAGGCAGUUAGAGAGUGACGAAACGCAAUCGGCAAUGAGAAAUAGAAUUUUAUGUUCGACAAAUCCGAGCAUAACAUGCGAAGAAUGCAGUCCGACAAAUUCAAAUGUUUACGACUUACCUUCCGGUUAUAAAGGAGACGAUAUCCCUCGAAUCGCUUCUUUUUCUCCCGAUUCAUUAAAUUCUUCGAAUUUCCUUUCGAUAAAAAAUCCAUCGCAAUUUUUAAAAGCCGGAAGUGAAAUAAGCAGAUCGAGAUCCGAACCGAACACUCGUAGUAAUUCGUCGGAAAAUUUAAAACCUUUGCGUGAAUCAUCAUCCUGGAACAGUGAAUCUUUCGGCAUGGAUAACACCGUCAAAGAUAGCGUCGUUUGUCCAAAUUGUGAUGAAGUUCUUCCAUCUUCUGUCGUUUCUUAA